AUGGCAGCAGGUGCAGCUCAACGGUCCUCCGGGACCCGCAUAUACGUCAUGAUACUCCUGGGCAUAGGAGACCUUGGCGGCAUCAUCUGGGAGGUCCUCGCAGCCAUCAUCUGGGAAGCGUGGAUCACGCUCACCAACCUCUUUCGCCUCUUCGUCGCGGCGUACCCUCUCAUGGGCCUCCUCUUCCUCAUCACUCGCGGCUUCGACCUCACGACCCUCGUCGGCGUCGGCUGCGGCGCGUAUCUGUACACGUCCUUCCUGUACUUUUUCGGCCUGCGAGACCGCCUGCCCUGGGCACUCCUCGUCGCGACGCUUCUGACCUUCGAGGGCCCGAACCCACGACUGCUGCGCCGCGCGGCGGUUACGGUGUUCAUGCUGGCGCGGGACGACAGCUUGCGGGGACUGUACAUGAAGCGGAUAAGGAAUGCGGAGGUUCCGUGGGAGGACGGCAGCGGGUUCGAGUUUCUGUUCAACUUCGAGGGGCGGGAGCUGCUGAGGGAGGUCUGCUUGUACCUGGUCAACACACUGUGUUCAUCGUUCGACCGGCCCCGCGUGCAUGACGACUUCAAAUUGCGGACUUCGGUCAGGACUGUGGACGUGUUGGUCUUGCCGCUCAUUGGGUUGGUCGACUGGGCCUGGAGGUACAGGCGAGCGCGAAGACGUGCAAGGAGGACUCAGGUGACGGGUCGGAAAGGCAAGCAGCUCGCAGGGGAGCAAUGA